GGAGGGAGGUUAUUUUGUAUUAUACACCAAUCACCUUUCUACCCAACACUACUUGUGAAGGUGAACCCUGCAGCACAGCGCUGAAAUACUGCCGGUGCUCCUGAAACCACAAACCAUUAUCUGUGUGUUACUCACCAGGACUGUCACAUUCUCUCUGGAGGCUCCUGCAGCUCAUACGUGCUCCCCAAUUCUGCUGUCUGCCAGGUGGCUCUGCUGGGCAUGGCUGGGCAUCGAAGGGCAUCGCCCCGUCCAACUGGACUCCAGCACAGCCUGCUACUCUGUACCUGUGGUGCGAAGUGGAUGCUCAUGAGAGUUUCUCAAUAACCACUUUAAGAAUGCUGAAUCUGUCUGGACUGACAACUGUGAUAUCAGGCAGUUACUCCAGUGUCACCUUUACCUGAAGCCAUGUUACAGUGAGAGUAAGAAAAGCACUUAAUUACUAAUUCCAAAAUAGACAAAAGCAUUCACAAAGGCGUCUAAAGAUGAAAAGGACAGGAGAGGGAAGGCACUUCAAUGAGCUUGACAAUUUCUUUUAACUAACUGUUCAGCUGAUAAAUGGGCGGAGACAUCACCACCUUGCUUGUCUGGUGAAAACUUAGGUUUCAUGUAAACAAUACGUCAUGGGGCUACCUGUGCAGAAAGGCUAGCUUUGAAGGUUCCUCGUGCUCUCCAUCUUUGAUCAACUCUAGUUCAGAUCUCUACCCUACACACACACAAAUAAUUGUCAGGGUUCAUUAAUUCUCAGGGGAAGAAAGGUAAUAGCUCUUGGGUGUGGCCCAAACCUGCCAAGAGAGUCUUCUCGUAUCUGGCAUAAGUCUGGACAACACGUUAUUUCACUGUAAAGCACAACACCUUUUCCCACUAAGACGGGAAACAUCCAGACCCUGAAGGGAAGCUUCUUCAGCCACUAAAGCUUACGUACACCUAAGCAGACAACAGGUUUGUGCAGGUAUCUAAUUAGAAUCUAGUGCCUGUGGCUUAUUAGAGGCUUUUGACUAAGAGUACACAAGACGAUAACCAGUCCCUUUGGGGUGAUGAGGGGUUAUCCACCACUCUGUCUUUCGAGAAAUACCUUGAGAGUAGCCAGGGAGCCUCUUCAGUUGUCCAUGUUGCAUGAAAGUGAACUCCAGCAGCCUCUCCCAUCUUACCCAGCCAGAGGCAGCAGACUCAUGCAGCAGGUAACUCCACUCCUCCACUAAAAAAAUCUCGCAUCGGCAGAGACUGCUGAUCUGCGUCAUUGCCCUGUGCAUGCAAUGACAUCCAGGGUAAAUGUGACACGUGGGCAAGUUUAGUCCUUAACAGAAAGAAGAUAUUUUGGAAGUGUAAGAAGUGUAGCUUAGUGCACUACAGAUAUCUCUAGUCCUCGUAAACUCUUGGUGGUUCUGUACUUCUGCAACAUUGGCUUCCCUGGGAGAAGUUUGAGUUCAAGUUCUCAUGAAAUGUAAGGAAGGGGAACAAAAAUGGUUGUACCUUAUGAGGGUUUUGUGACCUGGACACCAAAGCAUAAAGUAAGCUUCUUUCCUUUCUAGUGAGGCUGCCCAACACCUCUCAUCAGAUAGGUCAAGUGCAUUAAAAUACAGUCAAGUACAUUAAAAUACAAGUAGUAGCUACAGUGGGUAACAAAAGAAUAGCUGAAAAACAGUAACUGAAAAGGCAGAUUGCAACUGGCCAUACCAACAAAAGAUUACAACAGAUGCAUUGGCGCAGAGGACAAAGUGCAGAUAUACUCUGCAGUUUGGUACAGGAAGUGAAGAGUUCAUUCCCAUUGGAAAUGGGGGAGGAAUUUGACCCGGCAAAUUCUGAUUGACUUGCAUGGAAAGGGAUUCCCUAUCACAAAACAUCCCACAGGGUUUGUCAUACCUGCAAAUAGCCAAGGUAUGAGUUUCAUGUCUCCUCUGCAACAGAGAAAUUUAGCAGACAACCCUCAUAAGGAUCACUUUGGGGAUACUGCUUGAAUGCUAUGUCAAAAUGAUCCCCAAAGCUAUAGGUAUAAUGGAAAGGCUUUUCACUGGAGGCAGAAAGGCAACAUUUCAAAUCAAUUAUUUUUUCUUGUAGGUUUUUUGAGACUAAAAGCUUUCCUCCUUUAUGGAGUUCGGAAAAAAUAAUAAUAAUCUUACAUAACAAAGACCUUCCUGUGACAGAGAACUGCAACACCCACACAAGUAAUACCUUUUAGCCACCCAUUUUUGCUGCAUGUUCAGAAAGUACCAUCCUGUAGAGACAGCACCAUCUGCAGGAUUUGAGAGAUGGAGCACAGACACCUUACUCAGCAGAACACUGCCCAGGCAUCUGGAAAGGUUUUCCAGAGAAGCCUUCAGCCAGGGAAAUAUGAGCAGCCACAGGACUCUGUGGGAUAACACAAGAAGGACUGCAAUCCUUCCUGGUGCUCUGGCACAGCACAGGGUUUUUUUUAAGAGAAAGCCUGAGUAGCUUGUCUGUCAGAUUAUUCCCACUGAGGGGUCUUGGUACCGUGACGGCAACACUUCUGUGCAAGCAUGGGCAGUGGUGCACAUGGAGGAGCAGUGAGCAUGCCUUUUGUGUCACCUGUCCCAUAUGUCAGCCAGCAUUCAGCUGGUUUAUUGACAAAUGUCAUGUUAGGAGUCUAUUAAAUUAAAAUUGAAGACAUUUUAACUCCUUCACUGCAAUAAGUUGUCAUUCUUUGGUGUGUGUUAAUCAAAAGGCUCCUCGUUACACAGUAUAAUUUCACACUGUCAAAUGUACUUUCAGACUUAUUCCUGAAAAUCUACAGCUUGUUUUAGGAGAUACAUAAUAGUAUACAGGAGCAUUAGCUCCAUCUUGUAUGGCUUCUGUGUGGUUAUUAAAAAAAUAUGCUCAAGCAGUGCCCUCUUCAGGAUGUAGAACCGUCCAGCCACAUUAAUGUAGUAUAGGACAGGCCUUCGGGGCAAAAUCAGCAGUCUCAGCAAAGCUAUUCUGUGUCUGUAAAUUUGGCGCUAUGGUGUGAAAUCCUAGUGCUGGCUAAGUGUCUAACAGCUGACAUCAGCCUGCAACUGAGCCACUGGCAUUUAGGAGAAUUCUAAGCCUUUUACUCACAGGCCACUUCCGAUGAAUAAAAUGUCAGCGCAAAGAAGGGUCUGGUUUCUUUUACCGAUUCAUCAAUGAAAGAAAAAUCUCAAAGUAUUUAUUAGCUGAGAUCCAAAUUUAUGUUGCCUCAUACCAGCACGCAUCCAUCUGUGUGUGCUUGCAAAAACCUUAUUUUUCUAUCUAGGUCUAUAUUUUCUAUGAGUAUUUUUUUAAGGCCAGCUUGAAAGGUAAUUUUACCAUUCUAAUGUCAAGAAUGAAAUGCUGAUGAAUGGAGAAACCAACAGUCCCCAGGGAGUAUCACAGUUCAGAUUCCUUCUAGAAGCACAUUUAAAAGUUAUUACAAUGAAAUGCAGAAUCAUGAGAAAAGCCUGAGGGGCCAUGACCAUUGUAACUGUAAGCAGACAUGUUUUUCUUUCCCAUUCUCACAAUAAAUAGAUAUGGAAGUGUUCCAAGAGGCUCUCUGAUUGCUUUUUGCUUUGGCUGCAUGUCACGUUGCUCGAAUGGCUGUGGAAAACUCAGGAGGGAUGCUUUUGCCUCUGACUCAGUGCUGGCUUUGCCGGACCCACUGACUGUGUGCGUGUAACUUAGUUUGUGCUGCUCUUCCCUCAGUCAGUGCCCAGACACGCAAUGACUCAGUGAAUUACACAAAGAUGGAAGACUGCCGUGCCUCAGGAUCAGCUCUGACUCCAGGGACCCACACAGUACUUACUACAGGGUGCUGUGAUGAAGCAUCUAUUCCGGCUUGAAGAGGAAGGCCCAAACACAGCAUGAUGCCACACAGAAAGCAGUGUGUGGGCUGGUCGUGCCUUCAGUCAGCGAGCUAAGGACAAGCAAUUCCCUGGGCAGGUGCCAGCUGUGGUCUCCCCCCAGCACUGCCAUGUUUUUCCCUCACAAGCACACCUUAAAGUGGCUGGGAAAGGCAAGCCUGAGGGAAAUAUGACUGAGGUCAGCGCACAUCUGCUGCUCCCCUUCAGCACUACAGGCAGGGAGCGAAGCAGAUGAAACCUCACACAAGAAAUCUUCUGACAGAGCUGACAGCGAGCCCACGGGGCAACCAGGCUCCAGAGAGCCAAGCGACAGGGACAUCACACAGCCGAGGGGGCAGACGGACGCACAGACACACCACAACACCGGCUGAGGGAGCAGGACGCUGAGCAACACAUCCCCUCAGGGAUCAGAGGGCGCCGCCGCCAUUUUGCGCAUGCACCGGGGCCGGCCCUCAGGGCGGCGGGCGGCGGUGCCGCCUCAGCCAGCGCCAUGGCGGCCGCCGGGGCGGUGAGGAGCAGCGGGAGCAGCAGCAGCAGUUCCUUCUGCGACCGGCACGCCCGCCUGCUCCUGGCCCAGAUCAACCGGCUCCGCGCCGGGCAGAGCUUCUGCGAUGUGCGGCUGGAGGUGGGCCCGGAGGCGUUCGCCGUGCACCGCCUGGUGCUGGCGGCCAGCAGCCCCUAUUUCGCGGCGCUGCUGGCGGGCGGCAUGAAGGAGAGCGGCCGCGACGUGGUGCGCAUCGCGGGCGUCGAGGCGGACAUCUUCGGUACGCUGCUGGACUUCAUCUACACGGGGGUGGUGAGCAUCGGGGAGCACAACGUGCAGGAGCUGAUCGUCGCCGCGGACAUGCUGCAGCUGAGCGAGGUGGUGGAGCUGUGCUGCGAGUUCCUCAAGGGGCAGAUCGACCCGCUGAACUGCAUCGGCCUCUUCCAGUUCGCCGAGCAGAUCGCCUGCCACGACCUGCUGGAGUUCACCGAGAGCUACAUCCACACGCACUUCUUGGAGGUGCAGGGCGGCGAGGAGUUCCUGGCGCUGACGAAGGAGCAGCUGGUGAAGAUCUUGCGGAGCGAGGACCUGAGCAUCGAGGAUGAGUACCAGGUGUUCGUAGCUGCCAUGCAGUGGAUUUUGAAGGAUCUGGGGAAAAGAAGGAAGUACGUGGUGGAAGUGCUGGAGCCUGUUCGAUUCCCUCUCCUACCAGCGCAAAGGCUUUUAAAAUACAUAGAAGGUAUUCCAGAUUUCAGCCUUCGGGUGGCCCUUCAAACUCUGUUGAAAGAAUAUUGUGAAGUCUGUAAAUCUCCCAAAGAAAACAAGGUCAGCAGUUUUCUGCAAGCUUCUAAAGGUCGUCCCCGGAGGAAAGCCAGGAAGUACCUUUAUGCAGUAGGGGGGUACACCCGACUGCAAGGAGGACGCUGGAGUGACAGCAGAGCCCUCAGCUGUGUGGAGCGAUUUGACACUUUCAGCCACUACUGGACCACGGUGUCCUCUCUCCAUCAGGCCCGGAGUGGGCUGGGUGUGGCUGUUGUCGGAGGAAUGGUCUAUGCCAUUGGAGGUGAGAAGGACUCAAUGAUUUUUGACUGUACUGAAUGUUAUGAUCCCGUCACUAAGCAGUGGACCACUGUGGCUUCCAUGAACCAUCCUCGUUGUGGACUGGGAGUGUGCACGUGCUAUGGUGCUAUCUAUGCUUUAGGAGGUUGGGUUGGAGCAGAGAUCGGCAACACAAUUGAAAGAUUUGAUCCUGAAGAAAAUAGUUGGGAUGUGGUGGGAAGCAUGGCUGUGCCCCGUUACUACUUUGGGUGCUGUGAAAUGCAAGGUUUGAUUUAUGUUGUUGGCGGUAUCAGCAAUGAAGGAGUAGAGCUACGUUCUGUUGAAGUCUAUGACCCAAUAUCUAAACGUUGGUCUGAGCUUCCUCCCAUGGGUACCCGAAGAGCGUAUCUUGGUGUAGUUGCUCUCAACGAUUCUAUCUAUGCUGUGGGAGGCUGGAACGAAUCUCAAGAUGCUCUUGCUACUGUAGAAAGAUACUCCUUUGAAGAGGAAAAGUGGGUUGAAGUUGCACCAAUGAAGAUACCAAGAGCUGGUGUCUGUGUUGUGGCUGUGAAUGGAUUUCUUUAUGCCUCAGGAGGCCGAGCUCCCAGUCACGAUUUCGCUGCUCCAGUAACCUCUGACUCUGUUGAAGUUUAUAACCCGCAUAUGGACAGUUGGACUGAAAUUGCCAACAUGAUCACCAGCCGCUGCGAAGGAGGCGUAGCUGUGCUGUAAAGCACAAGGAAGAAACUUCAUCCAAGGAAUGAGUGAACGUGUGUCUCCUCAGAGUUCCAGUUUCAUUGGCCAGAAACCUCCUGGCAGCAGAAGCUUCAGUAGAGACAGUGGAGAAUUAGAUGAGAGUGCUUUUCUUAGGCAAAAGGAAAUAUUAAAACUCUUGCCCAUCAAAGUAAAUUGGCUUAUCCAAAGUCUGUUUCAGGAAGUACUCUGUUAAGGGUAGGAAUGUCUCUUAUGACUGGAUUAAGUCCACUGAAAUGGCAAAUUUGCCCUGUAAAAAAUCUGAAGAAAUCAUUCCAGCAUGCUAGAGACAUUAAUCAUAUUAAUUCCCUAAGAUGCACUAAAGUUAGCGUCUUUAGCUGGUCGUACAAGCUGGAAGAAGGCUGCUAUGGAUGGUGGGAGUCACCUGAUAAUAAGAGCAGGUUGGCUACUUGGUUAGCAUUAGUUUUCCUUUUCUGGGAGAAAACAAGGAGGAAAAGAUGAGAGGCAGGGAAGACUUGGUACCUCUACUUGUGACCCAGAUGCAUUUGAGCCUCUCUUCUGCUGCUGGGCAUAGGCAUUAAAUGUGGGUUAGAUGUUUACUUCCCUGCCACCUGACUAACUGUGAUGGUAAGUGGCUGAGGAUUUCCUGUUCCGUAGUUUUUUCUUGCAGUUCUAAUGAUGUCAUUCCACUUCAGCACAGCCUUUUUUUUCCCUCAGUGGUGUCAGCAAUGAGAGUAGAGCUCCUUUUUUGUGUAAACUUUGAUUUUAAAUGGAAAUGCUGUUCAUUAGAUUAGGUGUCCUGCAGUUAGGACUGUUCUUAAACUGAAAAUCUAGGGAAAGCCUUUUGCCCAUUUUUAUUUUUCCUUACUUGUGUUUUACCCUGUGUGACGCAUGCCAAGAUUUGGCAUUGGAAUACAUGCAAGGUGCACAUGUUCAUCCUUGCUACAUCUUGUGUCCUGCCUCUUCCAAACUUUGAGUGGUUGGAGCUUUCCGUGAUAGAAUUAGCUGUGUUCAGCAUUGAAGUGAUGCUAUCAGUGUGUCUUGUCUUAAUGAGUUUGCAUUUAGCGUGGAUACACUUAGUAGAACAGUUCUUGUUGCAGGAGUUUGGAGUUAUUUCUAGAUUCAUUUAAUUAACGUUGUACUUGAAGCUGCUUUUUGCACAACACAAUUGCAUUGUCUGCACAGCUAUAGAUGACUCUGAAAUAAGGCUGCUUGAACUUUGAUAGACAGUGUUACUCUAGAACACAAAACCACAACUGGAAUGUUACAAAACAGGAAGCCUGCACUAUGGAGACAAAGAGGCAUUCAUGCUGUCUAAGUCAAUAUCCCGUUUGUGCAAUUAACAAAUUAAUAUACGAGCAAAAGCCUCCAGAAUGAGUGUUUCAGGUACUUUAGAAUGUAAACCCUUGAUUCUUAACACAGAACUGGGAGCUUGCCAGCCUAAAACGUGCUAGACAAUGGAGUAUUUGUUUCUCGGAUCACUCAAUUUUGUAUGUUUUAUUUCAAAAUGAUUUCUUAAGUGUGUCUAUUCUGUCUUUUUUCAAGUUUAAGCUUGUUUUAAACAGUUUUUCAUAAUAAAAUGCAUUUUUGUAACUUAGUGUGGAAUGCUCUUGAAUAGGGUGCUUUCCCAUUGUAAUCAUUGUUGUAUCAUUGCUACUUUCAUCUAAUAGGUUAUUUUGUUUGUUUAUUUUAACUGGAAAUCCCCCUGGUUAUAAAUGUUGACUACUUUAAAGCUGCAAAUAACAUACUUCUGUAGU